UUCAAUUGUGGUUGUCGUGAUUUUUCUUGAACAUUUUUGAGUUCUAAAGAAAAAAAUCUUCGACAAUGUCCGCGUUUUUACAUUUUUUGCAACUUCUACUUUUGGCCACCGUCAUCAGUUGUCAGGAUACAUCGCCAGCUCCCGCUACAGGACCAUCACUAUCAUUUUUCCCAAAACCACCGAAAAAGUGGGAAGAACAGACCCUCAUCUGGUACAAAGGUGGCGAAAAUUACAAGUCAUGGUCAAAUAAGUUAAAUAAGUUUUUACAAGUGUACGAAAUGGACGAACUCACAAAUGGGCGACAACUGAACUUGUAUAAUUGCGAUUUUGAUGAUUUUCCACCCAAAGGACGUGUUUGCCGCAUCGACAUGAAGAAAGGAUGGGGUCCGUGCACCAAGGAAAAUAUUUAUGGUUAUCACAAACACUCACCUUGCGUUUUCCUCCGUAUCGACGCCAAUCGUCACUGGACUCCCGAAUAUUUCAACGUUUCGAGUGAACUUCCACCGCAUGCGAGCCAAGACCUACGAGAAUACAUGAACAAAGCUGAUGGCGACCAGAGAAAAAUGAUUUGGGUGUCAUGUGAUGGCGAAGGACCUGUUGAUCGCGAAAAUAUGGGACCAUUAAAGUACUAUCCGCGUCCUGGAUUUCCUGGAUACUUUUUCCCCUCAUUAAAAACUGAAGGAUAUCUCAGUCCCAUUAUGGCUGUUCACUUCGAGAAACCCACAAGAGGAGUUAUCACGAACGUUCAAUGUCAUAUGUAUGCCCGAAACAUCCAACAUGACAUCACCCGGAAUAUCGGAAGUGUCCAUUUUCAACUGAUGGUCGAUGAUUAAAUCAAAAAAUUCAUGAAUUUUACUGACCAGAAAAAAUCUAAAUCUCACGUUUGAAAAUAAAAAUGUGCUUCAAUACGA